UCAUCAGAGGCACUCCCAAACCUCGGGAGGAAGAGAAGAGCAUCUUGGAACUGAGGGAGGAAAGAAAGCUGCAGGAACAGGAACCCCUGGAGUCGUUGUGUGGGGGAUGUUCUACUGCAACGAGGACCGGGCUGCAAGAUACACAGAGCAACCCAUUCAACGUUGUUCAGAACUCCAUGCUGGAGCAAAGUUCAAAGAAUACAACGCUUACAGCCCCUCCUCGAGAUGCGGAGUGGGGCCCCGCUGAGGAACCCGUGGACCAAUCGGUUGCCGGUAAUAUUUCAGUGGGGGAGCGAGCGUUGAGUGAGGAUGAGCCACUGCUGGUUGUCCUCGCUGCUGCUGCUGCUGCUGCUUCUCCAUCCUCCUCUGCGCUCCCCGAUCGGCGAGCUGUGGAAUAGGCGUGUUUCUGUUCCUCCGACGCAGAAAAACGCAGAGAAGAAAGCCUAACUUAAGGACUGACUGGUUCUGAUUUAUUGCGCUGUCCCCUUCUACGUAAAGACAUGGAGAACCUUUUUCUGAUGAGACUGUGGUGAGACCGGUGCAGCCCUGUCACGCCCACAGCGACCCCUUUCGGCCCGGACGGCCCACCACGCCCCGGCGCCUAUGAAAGGGUACCAUGUCAGCCGUAGCAUGUCUCAGCAUUCCUCUGGUGGUGGCGGAGGAGGGCCCUGCCACUGUACGCCGGACGACUGUGACGGCCCAGGCAGAGACUACUACCAUGGCCGUAGCGAUGGGCACUACUACUCGGGUGGUCCAAACGAGGCUCUGGCACUGGAGAGGCAUCACUCUCAUUCGCACGCACACUCGCACUCGCACUCCCAUAGCCACUCUGGCACCUUUCCCCGCUCCCACCCCAGCCAGCACCCGCCUCUUCAGUCGUUCGACUCCUGCGAGGAGUGCCUGUCUUCGGGCCAUGGGGGAAAGAUGCAUCGGAUUCCUCCGAACCUAAUGGACCAGUUUGAGAAGCAGGUUCCCUUCCACCCAGACGGCUUCCACACCCUACAGUACCAACGCACGGCGAGCGGAGGGGCCGAGCAACGCAGCGAGAGCCCCUCUCGUAUUCGCCACUUGGUCAACUCCGUCCAGCGGCUCUUCGCCAAGUCCCAUUCCCUUGAAGCACCCACCAAAAGGGAGUACAAUGGCAUGAGGGGCGGCGGGGAGUACCGGGGUGACAGGGGAGGGGGCCACAGAAGCGGAGGGGAGGAGGUUCACUACUCAGGCCACCAGUCUCGCUCAACCAGGAGGAGCAAGUCGCGAGAGCGCAGCAAAAGUGGCGACUCUCGGCACGAGUCGGGGCGACGUCACCGCAGCCGGACGGCCGGCUGGUGGAGCUCCGACGACAAUCUGGACAGCGACAGCAGUUUCUUGGUCAGCGGGGGCAGACGGGGUUAUCCCACUGGACACGAGAGUCUGGAUGCCGCCAUUCAAGAGCUCACCAUGAAGAAGCCAAAGGAGCGCAGCGGAGGACCCGGAUCCGCUGAGUGCAUGGCCUGCACCACCAUGGCUCUGACCGGCGGCGAGGGCGGCGGGCACCAUGGCCACCACGGUCACUCCCUGAAGCGGAGCACCUGGUCGGCCAUGACAGUGAGUCAGGCCCGGGAGGUUUAUCCUUCCACCAGGGGAGGAGGUUACGAUAAAGCACUGGUGCCCUUGGAGAACAAGCUGAAGGAGAGAUCAUUCCACUACCUGCAGGUCCCCUCAGAGGACUGGGGGGGCGGCGGCUAUGGCGGAUCGGCCGACAGCGGCGGUGAGAUCCCGUGCCGUCGGAUGCGCAGCGGCAGCUACAUCAAGGCCAUGGGCGACGACGACAGCGCAGACUCUGAGACGAGCCCUAAAGCCUCGCCCAAAUCCACCCUGAUCGCCCAGAGGGACGCCUUCAGACGCUCCAUAAGCAUGGAUCAAAGGUACUCCUGUAAGCAGUGCACAGAUUCCUACCCAAACAACAGAACGGCACCUAAAACCCACACUCGCUCUCGCAGCUACACUCGCUCUCUGACCAGCUCACAGCUGGGAGACACGCUGAACCAUCAGUUCGAGACGGUGUGCGAAACCAUGUUCGGCGAGGUGGAGUCGCAGGCUGUCGAGGCCCUGGAUCUCCCCGGCGUGUUCCGGACCCGCAGCCACAGCUACGUGCGCGCCAUCCAGGCGGGCUGCUCCCAGGACGAUGACUGCCUCUCCGUCUUCUCUAUGUCUGGCCCCCAGGGGAGCAUCAAGGGCGGGGCCGUCUGUCGCUUCUGUAAGUAUCCACCCGCUCUUUUCCCUUUUCACAUCGUUUACUUUAACCUCAAACACCUCUGUCUUCUUCUCCCUCGCUCUUCUUACACUUCAGUCUUUCCUUAUCGUAAAGGUGCUCCCCCACCGCUCCCACCUCGCAUGUCCAAGUCUUCUCUCUCGGUGCGCGCCCAGAGCAGCACCGAGUCCACCCAGGACGCCUACUUCCAGAGCGGCGGACAAAUGGCUCCGGGCGCCGGGCACCCCAAGCAGCACAGCAACUCCAUAGACCUCGGUGGCUCCGAGGGGCCGUCGGGUCGCGCCUCCAGGGGAGGCUACUACACGUCCAGUGGGCCCGGACGCUCCCGCCAGCACAGCAACUCGGCGGAGAGCCUUGACGGGGUCAGGGGUUCCAGGGAGCUCGUGCCCUACGGAGGGGGGCCCGGUGUGGGAGUCAGGGCAAAACACAGCUGCUCAGCCGACAGCCUGCUAGAGGGGCCGCCACGGCCGGCUAGGGACCGGGACGGCCGGGUCGGCGGCGGCAGCCUGGGGAAGUCGUCCUCACUUCCUCAGAACAACAUGAUAGUGAGUAAGAUGGGCGGGCAGGACGACGGGCGCGCGGCCAGGAAGUGGAGGCCGUCCAUCGCCGUGCAGGUGGACAGCUCGGAGACUCUGUCCGAUUCCGACACGGAGGGAAAAGCUCUCACCGAGGUUCACUCCAUAGGAGUCCAAGUGGAAGAUGAGAAAAGGCGGGCUCGAUUCAAACGCUCCAACAGCGUGACGGCGAGUGUGCAGGCCGACCUGGACCCCGAAGGCUUCCCGGGGCUUAGCGUUGCUGUGCCAACACAGGACAAGAGUCUGCAGUUUGGCUGCUCCUUCCAGAGGCACUCGUCAGAGCCAGAGUCCGCGUCGCAGUACACAGAGUGCCACCGCACCGUCCACACGCAGGGCCAGUGGGCUUACAGAGAGGACCUCAUUCAGGGCAACUACACCACCGAAGCUUGCCAAGUAGACACAAGGCCCCACCAGCACCCACACCUGCCGCCACGCUCCCACUCCCCCCUGCCUAUUACCGCGGAGCGCGCCUGGACGGCCACACCGUCCCUGGAAGGCCCGCGCAGCCUCCCCGACUCGGGCCGGGCCUCGCCCUGCAUGAGGGACGGAGAGUUCUUCCUGCGCCUGCUGCAGACGGAGGUGGAGAGGAUGGAGGGCUGGUGCCAGAACAUGGAGAGGGAGGCGGAGGAGAACGAGCUUCCAGAGGACGCUCUUGAGCUAAUUCGAAGCGCAGUUGGCAGUGCCCAGAUGCUCAUGUCUCAAAAGGUCCAGCAGUUCUUCCGCCUCUGUCAGCAAAGUAUUGACCCGUCCGCCUACCCCCAGCCCACGUCGCAGGACCUGGCAUCCUUCUGGGACCUGCUCCAGCUCAACAUAGAGGACGUAAGGGUUAGGUUUCAGGACCUCCAGAAGCUCAAGGACUCAGAUUGGAGGCUCCCACCUGAAAAGAAGGAGGAUAAGAAACUUCCUCCGCCCCUACCAAAGAAGCCAGCGGGCGGGGUGAGCGGCAGCCUUCGGGCCGAUAGCAUGGGAGACGGGGUCUCCGGGAGCGCCGGAGGCGGCCCGGGGGGGCUGGUGGUGCCCCGCAUUGGAGGGCACACCCUCCCCAUCAGGGAGAAGUCCCUGGACCUCGGAGACCGUCAGAGGACAGAGGCGCGAAGGAGGCUGCUGCAGACCAAGCGUACCGCCUCCUUCAGGCAGAACUCGGCCACCGAGAGCGCCGACAGUAUCGAGAUCUACAUCCCCGAAGCCCAGACUCGACUCUGAACCCGCGACGGCACUCGCUUCCCCCCCUCACCCGAUCUUCUGCGAGUCAUUGCUGUUUAUACGCUACGACCCACCGCCAAUUUUAGCACUUUCCAUCAACUUCUGUCAUCCUACAUCAUUACUUAACAAGCAAUGACAGCCAUUUUAGUGUCUUGAAAUUCAAACCACUUUACUGAGGCAGAGGCCUAGAACCUGAGCGGUAUCUAGCCGAAGACGUUUUUACUUCCUUCUUAGUCGGAAUUUCUUUUUAUAUAUGUAUAUAUAUAUACAUAUAUAAAUAUAUAUAAUCACUCUGGCUGAAACCAAGUCAGAAAUCUUUUGUAAAACUAGGCAGCAGAGGUUCACGCAGUAGCAUGCCUGUGCGUGUUCACUUGGCACAAAAAAAGGGCUUAACAGGCAGUAGACCUCUGAGGAAAUUCUCCCCACACACCCCGCCCCUGAUGCCGUUCGGAGCGAAACCGACCCCCACUUACGGGCUUUCGCCGAUAACAGCUCAGCCGAGUCGAGAUCUAUUGAUUUCUUGAGCAUCCUCAGUUGGCUCCGAGAGCAUCCCUGAGGAAAUAUCAAACACAGAAUCCUUAGUCCCUCUUCCCGUCUGUCCACACAAGCACCAAGUCACAGAAUAUAGACCAAUUUCACGUCUCACUCUGUUGAUGCUUUCGAACCACCUGUCCGUCAGCAUUGGACGGCGAGGCUCUUCGAUAGUUGUGUUUGCCAAAAGGAGCUUCUUCAGUGUAGCAUCACAGACAAAAAAAAAACAUGAAGAAAAGAAAAAAAAAACAACUCCUUGUGUAGUCUCUGAAGUCUCAAGAAGAGGAGGGUUUGGACAUGGGAUUAUUUCAGUGGCUUUUCUGGACUUACUUGAAGAUGCUCCCCCUUCUUUCUUUUUUUUUUUUACACUGUGAGAGUAGAGCACCGCCAAGUGGUCAAAAGAGAAUCCCGCUUCAACAGCAGUGGUCUUUACAGUUUCGAUAUAUCUUAUUCAGGAACAAGUAAACACCCCUUAACGAAACAGCCAUUGAAGUGGUCGGGACUGCUAUCUUCCCCUCCGAAACCCUUUCUUUCUUUUGAAUAUUGCUUGGACAGACUUUACUAUCGUGUUUAUUCGUAACUAAAUAUGGGUUUUUAAGUAAAAGAAGAGCAGCAGCUUGAAUUUUCGGCAGGAUUUUAUCACCAAACUUUAUUUCGUUUCCCUGAUGGCGUUGACGAAACGAGGAAUGAUUUCGUUUUGCUGGCAGAUAAAAUGAGGCCUAACUGACCUUAAAAUAUCCUUCCAAAGAAUCACCAAGUCGAAUCAGAUUGGGAUUAUGUCCAAAAAAAAGAAAAGUGGUAUUUUAUAACUAUGCUGGGAAUGUGAAAUAUGUGAUAUGUGUGGAGCUGCGGUGCCUUGCAAACAUUCAUAUCUGGUGAACUUCUUCACCUUCUUUUCAAGUUGCGACCAUAAACUUCAGUGAAUGUUUGUGAUGGACAUCGAACCAGCAUCCCUCAGCAUCAUGCUGGAGUGAAGUGUUUUCCAUCACAAGGUGUUUUGUUUGUAGGGAAACUUUUCAGUGUUAUCAUCUGGUCUGAAUUGAACAUGUGGUUUGUGCCAAACAGCAAACAGGACUUCUUGUUUUUAUUUCAGAUGCUUGUAUAAAAGUUGAAUCUUCUGUUUUUGGUGUCAAUUUCUUCCACUUUCUCAGUUGCUGGCUUGUAUCCUCUAAAGCUGCCAUGAGCCUCUUGGCUGCGUCUCGGAUUAAUGUUUUGCUUUUUUUCAUUUAUUAUGUGAAAACUUAAUAUAUGUGAAAACUUGCAUAAAAGUCCAAAGUACAGAAAUUCCCUGAGGUUUGUGGUUGUAACAUGACAAAAUGUGGAAAAGUUAGAGAAGCAUGAAUGGUUUUGCAAGGCUUUGUAUGUCAUUUUUUUCUUUUUUAUUAAGUUGCCUAUUGAAACAGGUCUAAAUUAUUUCACAAAGUUAACUUUUUUUGAAGGAUUCUUAUCAAAAAUAUGUUGGUGUUUUCUACGACUGUUGGCUCAUACGUGAAUUCACUUGAGUAACUGAAUAUGAAAGUCUGUGUGAAUCCCAGUUAACACUAAAGAGUCAAAAUGUAUGGAACAGAGAUGACAAAAUGUCAGAAUUUGUAAGCAUGAAGUGUUCUUUCUUUCCUUUUAUUUUGGUUAGAAUAUGUUGGAAAUAUGGGAUAUUUUAUUGGAAAAUGUAUAUUUUAUAAUAUAAACUACAUUUCUAGAUUAGUAGAGAUUAUCGAGUACAGUACAUGUACAAAGAUCAUAUAUCAAAUGUGAAACACUGCAGUAUUGUUACGAUAGAUUAUAGCUGUGUGGCAUAUCCAGACUGAGUCCAUGUGAAGAAGACUUUCAAACGGCUCUUAUUAUCUUGAAAUUGUGAGUCAGGUUCACAGGGUAUCUCUGGCAAGAAAGGUGGUUGCCAAGGACGAUCCUUCCUUAGGCCUAUUUAAAUAUCUGUGUGUGGUUCUCACAACUUGUACUGCUGUUCCCCUUUUCCUCCCUAUAUCUCCUGUUUAGAACCAACUACAUGUGCCUAACCAGCUAUGUGUGGAGGUUUCCUUUGAACACAGUUUACACUUUGAAUAUAUACGUAAAUAUAUAGAAAGAGAGACAGACAGAGGGAGAUGUAUAUAGAGAUGUAUGAAAUCUGAAGAGUAUUGUUGGGAAAAACUGUUUUUGACUUCCUGAAUCUCCCUCAUGUUGCAAUACACACCCGCGAGACUGGCACACUUUGUCGAUGUGGAACACUGCAUGCUUUCCGACAGCCUCCUCUGAACAAUUUAGCGGAGUCUCAUUUUGGAGAAGAAACACGUAUUUUGUAGCCUUUAAAUCUUUUUCUUCUGUGUGAUUGGGGGUGAAAAAAGUAAUUGCUAGGGUUUUACAACGCAGUUAUUCCGACGAAUCACACGUUUGUACAAUUCUGUCCUUUUAGAGACAAUGAUACAAACAUCCUUGGAAAUGCCAACCAGUGUUUUGCUUUUUGGACUUCAGCAGGUGAAUCUUAACCUCCUUGUACAAAUGAGGCGCCCCGGCAUUGAAAACAACGAGGGCCGUCGUGUGGAAUGCGUCCUUAGCAACGCGAGUUGCGGAGCCGCCUUCUCUGUUUUGUUUUUUUUGCGUCCCUCUCUGCGUCCGAUACCGCUAAAACCUGAUGACAUCCGUGCGGUGCCUGCCACAGGCCCUCGUCAAACGAAGCACAAAGAACUGCUCUACUACUGUUACGCCACUGUGACGGACUCUUGACCCCACCCUCACUAUCCUCAGUCCUACAUGCGAGGGGGGUGGCAAAGUCUCUGGAUCACACAAGUUGCCCUUGAGGGACACCAGGAUUUAAAGAGACUUUUGUUGGAUUUUUAUCCGCGGUAGCAAUCACGACUACUUUCAUUCGUGCUGACUUUCUUCUCUCUGAGUUCUACAAGUUGAGGUGUCAACCAGCCGCACCUUGCCUUGAAAUAGGUCCAUAGCAAACACAGUUUUUGUGGUUGUGAUUUCCAUUUUAUUUAUUUAUUUUUUUUGUUCUACAUAAUGUAUCUAUCACAUCAGCAUCGUACAAAUCACAGUUCCUGGUUGUGUUGUAACAUUAUCUUAGCACUGACAAAACACAGCAAUCAAACUAUCUUAAGCCUUUCUUCCCACAUGGCCAGACAAAAUCUGAGUACCUCAGUUUUUAGCAAGUGUCCCUCUGUCCUCAGGGCAUUUCCUAAACCCACCGUAAGACCCUAAUAAUACGAGGCUACGCUAAUCCUCGCAGGAGUGUUGCUGAUAUUCUCUGAUCAAGACGGGGAGAAGGAAGAAAAAAUCUCUCGCUGCUUGAGCCCAGAUUCACUGUUAGCCAUUUAUUUCCCCAAGACUAGGAAACAGCGUGAGUCAGUGUGGUGGCAGAGGCAGCAGCUUAAUUGUAGCUGAUUUGUGUGUGUGCUGCAUACUGUGCCUCUGGAACAAAGCCAAGCUGGAGGCCUGUGGUAGCAGCAGAUUUGAGUUUUAGUUGACAUUACUGUAAGGCAGAGCUGCUCUGGAGUUUGAAGCUAGCAUAUGUCUGUGGUGGGGGGGCUAGCUAGCCAGCCCCGGGCGCUAGCUAACCAUGUUCAUGCUAAGUUAAAGGAACUUCACUGUCAAAAAGAAACCAAAUUGAUGUGUUGUAAAGAUAGUUUUAUAAACUAAUAGCCUGCUUAGUCUUCAAUCACUGUCAGCAACAGGACAUGUUGUGAUAGAAGUUGGUAAAGCUAGUGGUAGCAUUGCUUUCAGUGAAACACAUAGAACUUAAAAAGUUCUGUUUGUACUCCAAAUUGGAAAUAUUCAAAAUUUAUAUUAAAGACAAAUCAGCUGGAACACCCAAUGAAGUCAGAUUUGUUAGCUGGAAAGUAGUGAUACUCCUCACCCAGAUAAAUUUUAUAUUCAACACUUGCCAAUAUGGUUGGCAAGUGUUAAAAAAUAUAUAAUAGUAACAAGCUGUUUCUUUGCUAUGUUGAUUAAGAAAUCUGUUUUAUGGACUUUCCUUAGCGAGAAUGUUCCUGAAACCUUUAUGAGGCAUAAUUUAUUUGCUAUCAACAAAUGUUUAAAUUAAAGUAGCUUGGGGGAAAAAAAUCAAAAGGCUAGAAGGCUUACAAAAGGUAAAGUUUGAUUUAGAAAAUUUGUGGCUAAAAAUAUUGUUUGACAUUAGAUGCAUCCAAGACCUGUAUAGAUUCUACUUUUAACCAGAGCUAUCCUGAAUCAAACCUAUAACCAACAAUUAACUUGUGACAGUUAAUGAUUGUAUAUGGGCAGCUUUUGUAGCCCAUUUACUGUCUAAGCAGGACAUUAUGUACCUGUAGUUUACAUGACCACAGCAAACUUGAAAAGCUUUCUGACUUGCAACUGUAACAUUGUCAACUCUAUUGUGAGGUCCUAAUCAGAUCUACUUUUUACAAAACUUGAAAGCACUUUGCUACCACUAGUGACUAAUGCUAACAAUUGUAUCCUUGAGGGAUAACUUCAUGAACAACCAGCAGAAAAUAUGACUGAUAAUUAGCCAAGAAUCAAUUCAAGAGUCAAAUUUCCUUAUCUUCUACAAUUUCAGAUUUCUCUCAUUCAUUGAUUUUUGCUGGCGCCCAUGUGUACAGUCAUGGCUGGAAACUUGUUUAAUAUUCAAAUUACAUGUGGGGGAUCCUGAAGGUGCUUAUCUACAUAAGAAAAUGAUUCAUAAUUGCACAUAAGUAUCAUCUUCAGUGACUCCCGCUUGUGCAAGCAGAACUUUGUAUUUGGCGUGUUAUUGGCAGACCACACCAUAGGCAGGGAGUUAAUUACAGACCCUAAACGCCUUCAGUUGCUAUUGCUGAAAAUCACUGAGCAUAAUUAGAAUCACUCUGAUUUAAUAAGAAACUUAAUGCUUUAAUUCAUGCUGUGGCCAAACUACUGGUUGGUUUCUUGCCUGUGGUUUACUCCGCCCGCCCCUCCCCCCUCUCUGUUGCUCCAGAACAGGUCGGACUCGAGCAGAUGAUCAACUGAAACUCCAAUGUGCCUUUAGCACUGAGGUGUAAUUCUGUUUGUAUGUGUACAUGUGUGCAUAUGUAUUAACGCUGUAAUGUGGAUUUACAGGACACACACAGCUAACCAUGAGGGUAAGAGACAACUGAGCGAUUACUGUGUAAUUAUCAACAAAAUAUAUAUAUCUACACCCUAACUUCGCCAUGUUUACAAAGUGUAAAUACCUGUUAUGGACAUUGCUUAUCUUAAAAUUGCAUUUAUUGUUAUUAGAAUAUAAUUAACAUGAUUACUGUCAUUAAAAGUUUUAAUUAGUGCCAUUACGAUCAUUAUUAAAUACAGUGUUGUUGAAUAUAGCUAUGAGUAAAAAUUGUUCUGUAGGCUGAUCAAGGGCAAGUCACGUGUAUAGCAACAAAAAUAUAUAAAUAUAUAGUUUAUUCUAUGUUCAGUUCAAUAAAUCGCUGCUAUUAAAAGGGGAUGGAGCAGAAGAAGAGAAAGUUGAUUAACUCUGGGAAGACACUUUUCCCCCCCCCCUCUGGGCUCAGUGAUGCACACUCCACCUGAGAGGUGAGGAAUCGCUGAAGGAAGUGAGCUGUAGGAGUGGACCGUCCUAACAAUAGAACCUCUUUCUCUGUGUGCUUUUACUCGACUUUGAACUCUGUGCCAGCAAGAGGAGAAAAUCAAAUUGGGAGGGCCUCGAACCGAUGGAGACACUUCACACUCUUUAUUCAACUCUAUAAUGUAGCAACGGCAACAACAGCCCUUCGUUCUCGACUCCCUCCUCGUCUUUCUUGUGUUAUCGGUGACCACUAUGAUUUAGAGCAAGUUUCAGCAUGGAUUCACUCGUUUUAUAUACAUCAUCAACUCUGUGCCAAGACAGCAUAUUGUACAUAUAAACGUUAAUUUUUGUUUGUUUGUUCUAUGAGAACAGCUGACUCCAGCAGAGCAAUAGAGUCACAGCAGAGUGUAAAUGUUUGUUACGCCACCAAGUGGUCGUCCACACGUGGUGCACAAGAACACACCAGGAAGUGUCUGAAUUCAGUCUGAAGGCCGGUGGAGGCAGAGUAAACCAUGCUCCUGUUUAGUUUGGGUUUUUUAAUUUCUCUCCUCCCACCGUUUUGUACAUACAAGUUUAUUUCUUGCUCUCAUGUUUUUGGGUCUAAAUGUGUCCAAACCGAAGCACGUUUGAUGGCGCUGAACCCGGAGAGAUGGCACACUGUGACGUGGUUUACUCCCAACACAGAAUGUAACACUUUCAACGUUGUCUGAACAUUUUCUAAUGGCUAAUAUUAUUACUAUCAAUAUUAUUAUUAUGAUUAUUAUAAAGCUAUUUUAGCGAGUUAAACAAAC